AUGGCUAUCUCUUUCAUCCUUAUGGCUCUAGUCGCCUGGGACCUUUUCGUAGUAUCUGCAGCGGGUGCACACCUCCCGUCUGGCCCUCUGCUACGCAAUAUUUACACCUUCCCGCCCAACCACUUCAUCGAGAACAUCGCCGUGCGCUCUAAUAGCCAUCUGAUUCUGACUUCGAUGAGCGCGAGCACGCUCUUCACUCUCGACCCCACUGUGGCUUCACCAAAUGUCUCUGUCCUUCACACCUUUCCCGAUGGCCAUGGACUGAUGGGAAUUACUGAGCUCGCACCUGAUCUCUUUGUCGUCAUCUCAGGUAUCUGGGAUCUCGCCCUUACUCGAGCAGCGCUGGGCUCUCUCACCGUGUGGACCGUCAACUUAUGCUCUUCCACUCCAUCUGUCACGAACGUAACCACAAUCGCAACCUCAGUUCAGUUAAACGGUCUGGCACCCGUGCCAGGCUCCAACAAACUCGUCCUCGCAGCAGACGCCGACGUAGGUGCCGUAUACCGCAUCAACAUCCAGACAGGCGCCUACUCAAUCACCUUCUCGGACCCUCUCUUCGAGCCCAUCAAUCGAACGCUUCCAGGCCAGCACCUGGGAAUCAACGGAAUCCGCACCAGAGGUUCACAUCUCUACUUCGCGUCGUCGGCCAGACAGCAUUUCGGCCGCGUCGCCAUCAAUGCCCUCGGAGAUAGGAUUGGUCCCGCCACCAUCAUUUCCAACAACACCGUCACCGGCGGCGGAUUCGGCUCUCAAUACGAUGAUUUCGGUCUCGACGCGGCUAGAAACGCCUGGGUUGCGACGCACCCGAACCAUGUUGUCAGGGUUACUCCCGAUGGCGAGCAGACGGUCGUUGAGGAUACGCAGUUGCUGCUGAAUCCGACUAGUGCGCAGUUUGGCAGAGGGAGUGCGAAGGAGAGGAGGACGCUUUACGUUACGAACGGGGGCUGGUUUACUGAAGACUUGACGCUGAUCAAUGAAGGGGUUGUUUCAUUGGAUACCGCACAGGUUGCGCGGGUUUGA